AUGCACAAGCGUCGGCACCAGCAACAACAGGCUUCUCAGCCAAAAGCAGACGCUGAGAAGUCUCACCAACUUCAUCAACACAAGAGCGAUCACGGCCAUUCACCUGCAGAUCUCGGCGCCUGGGUCGUUCAGGUUGGAAUAGCUGUCAACUUCGGACUUGCCGUCAUCAAAUUGGUUGGCGGAUGGGCGUUUAGUUCGAAGUCUCUUACCGCUGAUGGCUGGCAUAGCAUGACGGAUCUUGUCACGGAUCUGCUUGCGCUGGUUUCAGUCCUCAUCGUUUCUAUGCCCAAACUCACUGAAUUUCUCCGACCGACCGUCUCCAACAUUGAAGGGUCGAUCUCACUGACCAUCUUUGGACUCCUUGUGAUCAUGGGAAUUCAUGAAGGUUGGGAGAGUUUGGUGUCCUUCCAUGAAAGCUUCUUCGACCAAGCGCUGCUUUUCGGGGAGAGCGGGCUAGGGUAUGAUUCCCAUGGCGACAUUCAUCAUGAUGUGCCCAGUAUACAAGCGGCAUGGAUUGCCGGUCUGACAAUCCUCGCCAAAGAGUGGCUCUAUCACAAGACAAUGAAGAUUGCUGCCGAAACCAAGUCUUCGGUCCUAGCAUCCAAUGCCGUUCAUCAACGGGCAGAUAGUUUGAUGAGCAUGGUGACAAUCGUCGCCAUAUUAGGAAGCAACAUCUUCAAGAAUACUGCUUGGAUUGUUUCAGUCGUCGAAUCUUGA